ACAGCUCCUUAAAGAAUGUCAUUUCUCCCAAUUGAAUUCACAAGUUUCUCGUUCACACCUCUUGUCACAGAGGCCUGUUUCAAUAUACUGGGUCCUGUGUUUUGCCAGAAAUGCCACACAUGUCUUAUUCUGUCUAAUACACAGGUUUUCACUAUAAAUAUGGUAAUUUUUAGCCACACUAUUCAUAACACUAUUUGCUUCAUUACUGAUCCAAACAAUCAUGAAAAGAAAAGGUGAAAAAUCUCGCAAGAAAACACAUUUCCAGAAGGGUUAUACUCCCUGGAACAAAGGCUUGAAACUGCCUGUGUCCUCUUCCGAUGACAAUGAACCUGAAAUACAGCCUUCCACUUCACGGAUGAACACUGACGAGUUCUCUCUGGUGACCAAGAUGUCUGCAGACGGCUCAACACUAACCACCCCUGACUGUGAGGGAUUCUCCAGAGCUCCACGGCUGCUACGACCAAAACCAAACACCGACACUGACCUGAAAUCAGAGGGAAAGAAUUCAAAACCAUGUGAAGGCAUGAGACUAGUAGACAAUGAAAAGAUGACACAGGCAUUCAACACAGCUAUUCAAGGCCAUAUGAACUCCUCGGAAUGCCAACAGCCAGACUUCGAAGUUGCUCGAGAGAAGAAAUGGGGUAUGUGCUGGUAG